UUGACAGUAGGUGAAAUACUUAUACAAUAACAAUAUACAUCGAAAAACAAAAUUUUCUACCUAAAUGCUAAACUAAUUCAUUGCCGGCUAAAGUUUUUUUGGGCUUACCAAUUUAAAUCAACAUUUUACUCUGAAAAUUAUUGAUUUUUCUCUAAUAAUACGUCAAGACAUAACCUCAUUGGUUAACCACUGAAAAUUGGCCAUGUUACCCAAAAACCGAGCUUUUUUAUCCAAACUAAGGCCUCGAAGUAGAUAUCAUUGCAGAUAUCUAUCAUCUCAAGCCAAUGUUGGUGAAAUUGAAGUGCCAUUUUCUAAUGGUAUCCCUCUAAAGCUAUCAACAGGUAGAUAUGCAAGGUUCGCGGAUGGGGCUUGUGUGGCUACCCUGGGCAACACCAGUGUGUUAUCCACUGUGGUAUCAAAGGCAAAACAGAGUUCUAGCAACUUCCUACCUCUGCUAGUGGAUUAUAGACAGAAGGCGGCUGCUGCUGGGCGGAUACCUACCAACUUUCUAAGGAAAGAAUUGGGUCCAACAGAACGUGAAAUCCUUACAUCGCGUCUCAUAGACAGAUCUCUCCGACCGCUAUUCCCACAGAACUACAACUUUGACACACAGAUAGUGUGCAACAUGCUUGCGGUGGACAGCACCAAUCCUCCAGAAACCGUCGCGAUUAACGCGGCGAGUGCGGCACUGGCUUUAUCUGACGUGCCGUGGAGUGGACCAGUUGGAGCUGUUAGACUAGGCCAAAUAGACAAUGAAAUAAUCGUCAACCCAACACGCCGCGAUUUGGAAAAGUCGGCCCUUAACUUAGUGGUUGCGGCAACCAGCAGCAACCUGGUGGUGAUGCUGGAGGGUCAUGCCAAUGUUAUCCUGCAGCAGGACCUGCUGAAAGCCAUCAAACUAGGUACCAAAGAAGCUCAGCACAUUGUAAGGAGUAUACAGGCCUUACAGAAAACUCAUGGUAAAAUGAAGAGAGAAUAUGAAGUCCAGGUUCCUAUGGACCAGAGUGUAUUGGAUUCAGUCAAAACAUUGUCUUCUAUGAAGAUCAGAGAAAUACUGAGUGACGCGAGCCACGACAAAAUAUCCCGCGACAAUGCAAUAUCAGAAGUACGACAAACCGUCCUCAAUCAACUUCGUGACACAGAAGUAGAUGUAAAUAUAUUACAAGACUGCUUCAACACUAACCUACGGAAGAUAUUCAGGGAUAUGAUCUUCGAAACUGAGCUCAGAUGCGACGGUAGAGGGCUGGAUGAACUGAGGAAGAUUACUUGUGAGGUGGGUUUGUAUGAACCACUGCACGGCAGCGCUCUGUUCCAACGCGGGCAGACGCAAGUACUUUGUACGGUUGCCUUUGAUUCGCCCGAAAGCGCUCUCAAAAUGGACACAUUGACUAUGAUUACGAGUGGUAUAAAAGAAAAAAACUUCUUCCUUCACUACGAGUUUCCAUCAUACGCGACAGGGGAGGUGGGUCGAAGUGGGCCACCGGGCAGGCGCGAAGCGGGGCACGGCGCCCUCGCAGAGCGGGGCUUGUUGCCCGUCGUGCCCCAACAGCAGUGCACCACCAGACUCACUGCUGAGGUGCUGGAGAGCAAUGGGUCAAGUUCCAUGGCGUCAGUGUGCGGGGGGUCACUCGCACUGUUGGACGCGGGAGUGGCUUUGACCGCGCCGGCGGCCGGCGUGGCCAUCGGCCUCGUGUCCCGGAGCGACGACGCGGGCCACAUCGCCGACUACAGGAUACUGACCGAUUUGUUAGGUAUAGAAGACUACAUGGGCGAUAUGGACUUCAAAGUGGCGGGAACUAAGAAGGGCAUAACCGCGCUGCAAGCUGAUGUCAAGUUACCAGGGCUGCCUCUGAAAAUCGUGAUGGAGUCGAUACAGAAAGCCUGCGACGCUAAGAGCAAGAUCAUUGAUAUUAUGAACCAGUGUAUCGACAAACCCAGACAAGGUCGCAAGGAGAAUAUGCCGGUGAUGGAAGAAAUGGAGGUGGAAGUGCACAAGCGAGCUAAGUUGCUCGGCAUAGGAGGAUCUAACCUUAAGAGGCUGUAUGUGGAGACUGGAGUUCAGAUCAGUCCUAUAGACGAGACUCGAUACAGCGUGUUUGCGCCGUCUCAAGCUGCUAUGGACGAGGCGCGCGCGCGCAUCGCGGCUUUGCUGAACGCUGAACGAACGCCUGAACUUGAAUUCGGCGCCAUUUACACAGCUAAAGUAGUGGAAAUGAAGGAAAUAGGAGUGCUAGUGACUCUGUACUCCGGCAUGUCACCGGCGUUAGUGCACAAUUCGCAGCUGGAUCAUAGAAAGAUAAUGCACCCAUCAGUUCUUGGUCUGGACGUGGGAUCAGAAAUCCAAGUGAAAUAUUUCGGCCGCGACCCGGUGUCAGGACAACUGAGGUUAUCAAGAAAAGUGCUCACAUCCCCUCCACCCGGCAUCGUUAGAAAACUGGACAACAAAUAGAUUAUUAUAAUAAAUACGUAAUAGAAAACUUAGCUUUUUGGAGUAAAACUUCUUAGACGUGACUGAGUAACUCAGAUCGUUUUUCGGACAAUAAUAACGUUCGCAUUGAAAAUCGUUGUUUUUCAGACGAAAGUUCGUGUUAAAAAUGGCCGCCAAACAGAACAGCCGUUUUGAGGCCGUCAUCUUUUAAGCACCAAGUAGAUAGAUUAAAAGCUCUAUUUUUUACUUACUAUAUAACCGGCGGCAAUAAUAUGCCUUCGCAUAUAAUAUUCGCUAAACAAUCUACCUUAUUCUUUAUUUGAAAAUAUUUCUGGUAUUGUAAAAAAUUGACUUUAGAUUGUAUUAAAACGUGUUUUAAAUUUAAGUUAUUUGUGCCUAUAAGUAUGUUAGAAAAUUAUGUAGGUACCAACUUAGUACCUGUUGUAAAUAUCUUUUAUCAAUAAAAAUAAAUGCCAAACAACA